AUGGAGAAAGAAGAGCCCGUUCCACCAGGCAGCCCCUCCAAAUUCAGACCUAUCGUAGUCACCAAUGGCCAGAGCGAUGGGAAUCCCCUUUCUCCAGGACGCGAAUCUCUCAAGAAGUGGCUGGGGCGAAAAAUGAGAGUGGUUCUGCAGAAUAAGCUCGUGCUGAUCGGCAUCUUCAGCUGCACCGAUCACGAUGAGAAUAUAGUGCUCUACGAUUGUGGCACCUUUGAGCCGGAGAAUGACAAGCCGAUUGCCGUGGGGAAAGUCAUAGUGCCAGGUCAUCAAAUAUCAACGGUGUCCAUCGAUAUGCGAUUGGAUGAGACAGAGCCAUUAGAACAAUUGGAAGAAAUAUAA